UUGCAAGACUAUGGAAUGGUAAUAAACACGUCCAAAUGUGUAUUCGGAGCCUCCACUGUAACCUUCUUAGGCUACACCGUUUCACCCGAAGGCGUCAAAUCCUUGACCUCAAAAGUACAAGCUAUCAAAGAUUUUCCAGUGCCAAAGAACGUGAAAGAAUUGAGAAGAUUCCUGGGAAUGUUAAAUUUCAGAUUUGUCCCAGGAGCAGCAGAAACUCAAGCUCCAUUAAAUUCACUCCUAACCGGGGCGGUAAAGGGUUCACAUCCAGUAAAUAUUACAGGUGACGCACUAAUAGCGUUUGAAAAAUGCAAAGAAGACCUAUGCAAUGCAACACUCUUAGCAUACCCUGACUUAAAUUCAAAACUGAGAGUAGUGACAGACGCUUCAGACAUAGCAAUUGGAGGGGUUCUGCAGCAAUUUAAAGAUGUGUCUGAUGAAUACGAAAUUUUUGAGUUCCUCGAAGAGGACAACAAAAGCAAAAUUGUGGAAGACAAAAUUGAAAGGGCAAUAUUACGCAGCCAAAUGGACUCGUUUUCGAUUGAUGACGAUGAAUUCAUAAAAAGAUAUCGCUUAAGCAAAAACUUAGUGUUGGAACUUUGUGAUGAUUUAAGACCUUUUAUGACAAAGCCUGCUAAGUUUACUGAUUUGUCGAUCGAAACCAAGAUCUUAAUUGCACUGUCUUUUUAUGCCACGGGAUCGUAUCAGCGACCAAUUGGGGACAUAGCUGCUCACUCCGUGCCACAACAGACAGUAUCAGCUGUUUUAGGUCAAGUAACGCAGGGCCUAAACAUGCCUCAAUUGAGGUCAAAAUAUAUAAGAUUCCCGAGAGAUGCAGCACAGCGUAGGGCUAACAUUUUAAGAUUUUACAACAAAUUUGGGAUGCCUGGAGUUUUAGGCUGCAUUGACUGUACACAUGUGGCAAUGGUCCGUCCUUCACAAAAUGAAGAGAGAUAUUACUGCAGAAAACAAUAUCAUUCUUUAAAUGUGCAAUUGAUAUGCAAUGCAGAUAUGGAUAUUAUCAGUGUGGAUGCAAGCUAUGGAGGAGCUUCUCAUGAUGCUUUUAUAUGGUCUAAUCACCCUUUGAAGACACACAUGGAAGACCUCAGCACAAGUGAGGCAAUAUGGCUUCUUGGUGACUCUGGGUAUCCCUUAAGAAGAUACUUAAUGACACCCAUUGUUGAUGCUCCCCCAAACACCCCCGAAGGAUACUACACUGACAUGCAUGUGAGAGCACGUAAUGUAAUUGAGCGCACAAUUGGACUAAUGAAAGCACGUUUCAGAUGUCUACUAGUGCACAGAGUGUUACAUUAUGAGCCUCACAUGGCAGCUUCUAUUGUAAAUGCAUGUGUGAUAUUGCACAACAUAUGCAAUAAGGCUAAUGUCAGUGUAGAAGAGCUGCAGCCAGAGGAAGCUUUGCGGGAAUAUGAAUUGCAACAGUUGACUACUCCUCGCCAGGAUUCUGCAGUAAAUUCUAGGGCCGCACAAAAUCCAGAGCUUCGAGAGGGGAUUACGGUUAGAAAUAACCUUAUCGAUCGCCUCUGGAGAAGUCGGAGUGCAACCUGA